ACGUGAACAGUUCACUCUGCAGUACAGUUGAAGUUAAGGAUCUCAAGGAAACAGUUCUACCAAAAGAUUUUGCUUAGCAAUUUAGAAUUGUUGAAAUAAAAAAAAAAAAGUAAUAAAAAAACAUUAAUAUCCCCUGCUGGAAUUGUUUAAAAGUGUUCAAUCAACUAAACAACUUUGAAAGACUCUUUCAAAGGACAUCAAUUACCAAUUUAGUAAAGGUUAUAUAAAUACCAAUCAGCAAAUAUGACUGAGAAACCAAAACGUCCUCUCUCUGCCUACUUCAUCUGGCUUAGUUCAGCCCGCGAACAGAUCAAACGUGAAAAUCCCGGCAUUAAAGUAACAGAAAUCGCCAAAAAGGGUGGUGAAAUAUGGCGUGCAAUGAAAGACAAAUCUGAGUGGGAAGCUAAAGCUGUUAAGGCUAAGGAAGAUUAUGAAACUGCAGUGAGACAAUUUGAAGCAAAUGGUGGCUCAACAGCGAAUGGUGCCGGCAAGAAACGCGGAAAGGCAGGCAAACAACCGGCGAAAAGAAGCAAGAAGGCAGAUUCAGAAGAGGAGGAUGAAAGCGAAUAAACUACUAACUUAACUUUUCUAUUAAGUAAAACCAACAACAACAGCAGCAGCAGCAACAACAACAACCAGUCAUAUUAUUUGAUAUGAAAUCUAAACUUCUACAAAGGCUCUAAAUGCCACAGCCAGCCAGCCACUCAAUAACAACAACAAUAUUUUUGUAUUUUUUUUUUUUUUUUGACAAUGUGUUAGAAUUGACUUUAAGGCCUAGGUUUUGUUUGUGUUGUUGUAUGUAAUGACGAUGAAUUUCAGACGAUUUUUAAACUAUACAAAUUUUUAUGCAACAAAUCGCUAACACAUGGCAAAAUCCAAAACAAGACACUGUAAAGGACAUACUUACAUACAAACAAACAAAUAAAUCUCUUCUUUAUUAUGCCUAAUUUUAAGAUAUGUACGUACUCUUAGAAAACUAGCAACUAACCAUUAAUAGUUUUUGAAAUGUUUAAAUGUAAAAAAAAAUAAUGAUGGUUGUUUUCCGCCAACAUCAUAUGCCCAUACUACCUGCCGCACAACAUGUACCACACACUACACAAAAAAUAAACAAACAAAAUACAUACACAAAAUGUAAAACAAAUGCAUACAUAGAAACAAGCUUGUGUAUAUGGUGUGUGUGUGUAAGUGUGAGUGUUUGGGUGCGCAAGUGAUGUGUUGGGACAAGAAGAAAAUAAGUGAAGAAAUUAAUCUUAAUUUUUAAUAAUUUAAACGUAAAACGAGAAACAAAACAAAAUAUAUUUAAAAACUUAUAAACAACAAAAAAUGAAACUUGCAAAAGUA